GGUGUUUAAUGAACUUAUCAUCCAUGGAGAAUAGGAUCAAUAGACUUCAUUAUCGGUGGAAAAUAGCCUCAGUCUGGUUUCGUGAUCAGUAUCCUCCAGAAUCGAAAGAAAAUGACAAUUCAGAAAAAUCGCCCAAAAUCUGUGAUGGUACCCCCUUUGAAAUCUGCCAAAAAUUGACCCGGAAUAAAUCCGCCCAAAUCGGUGCUUAAUGGACUUAGUUAUCGUUUAAUAAUAGUCUCAGGGCGAAUCCGUGAUCUGUAGCCUUCAAAAUCCAAAGAAAAAGGCCAUUCGACGCUCACAAAAUUACGAAAAUGCCAUCCGAAAAAUAAAUUGCCCCAAAUAGGUGUUUAAUGGACUUAUCAUCUGUGGAGAAUAGGAUCAAUAGAGUUCAUUAUCGUUGGAGAAUAAUCUCGGUCUGGUUUCGUGAUCUGUAGCCUCCAGAAUCGAAAGAAAAUGACAUUUCGGAAAAAUAGUCCAAAAUCUGUGAUGGUACCCCUUUGCAAUCUGCCAAAAAUUGACCCAGAAUAAAUCCGCCCAAAUGGGUGCUUAAUGGACUUAGUCAUCGUUGAAGAAUAGUCUCAGGCCGAAUCCGUGAUCUGUUGCUUUCAAAAUCCACAGAAAAUGGCCUUUCGACGCCCACAAAAUUACGAAAAUUCCCUCCGAAAAUAAACUGGCCCAAAUCGUUGUUUAAUGGACUUAUAAUCCGUGGAGAAUAGGAUCAAUAGACUUCAUUAUCGGUGGAGAAUAGCCUUGGUCUGGUCUCGUGAUCUGUAGCCUCCAGAAUAGAAAGAAAAUGACAUUUCUGAAAAAUCGCCCAAAAUCUGUGAUGGUACCCCUUUGCAAUCUGCAAAAAAAUAACCCAGAAGAAAUCCGCCCAAAUCGGUGCUUACUUGACUUAGUCAUCGUGGAAGAAUAGUCUCAGGCCGAAUUCGUGAUCUGUACACUUUAAAAUCCAAAGAAAAUGGCCUUUCGAUCUAUCCAAUAAUUACGAAAAUGCCAUCCAAAAAUAAAUUGGCCCAAAUCGGUGUUUAAUGGACUUAUCAUCCGUGGAGAAUAUAAUCAAUAGACUUCAUUAUCGGUGAAGAAUAGCCUCGGUCUGGUUUCGUGAUCUGUAGCCUCCAGAAUAAAAAGAAAAUGACAUUUCGGAAAAAUCGCCCAAAAUAUAUGAUGGUACCCCUUUGCAAUCUGCCAAAAAUUGCCCGGAAUAAAUCCGCCCAAAUCGGUGCUUAAUGAACUUAGUCAUCGUUGAAGAAUAGUCCGAGGCCAAAUCCGUGAUUUGUAGUCUUCAAAAUCCAAAGAAAAUGACCUUUCGAUCAAUCCAAAAUUAACGAAAAUGCCAUCCGAAAAUAAAUUGGCCCAAAUCGGUGUUUAAUGGACUUAUCAUUCGUGGAGAAUAGGAUCAAUAGACUUCAUUAUCGGUGGAGAAUAGCCUCAGUCUGGUUUCGUGAUCUGUAGCCUCAAGAAUCGAAAGAAAAUGACAUUUCGGAAAAAUCUCCAAAAAUUUGUGAUAGUACCCCUUUGCAAUCUGCCAAAAAUUGACGCGGAAUAAAUCCGCACAAAUCGGUGCUUAAUGAACUUAGUCAUCGUUGAAGAAUAGUCUCAGGCCGAAUCCGUGAUCUGUAGCAUUCAAAAUCCAAAGAAAAUGACCUUUGGAUCAAUCCAAAAAUUACGAAAAUGCCAUCCGAAAAUAAAUUGGCCCAAAUCGGUGUUUAAUGGACUUUUCAUCCGUGGAGAAUUGGAUCAAUAGACUUCAUUAUCGGUGGAGAAUAUCCUCGGUCUGGUUUCGUAAUCUGUAGCCUCCAGAAUCGAAAGAAAAAGACAUUUCGGAAAAAUCGCCCAAAAUCUAUGAUCGUACCCCUUUGCAAUUUGCCAAAAAUUGACCAGGAAUAAAUCCGCCCAAAUCGGUGCUUAAUGGACUUAGUCAUCGUUGAAGAAUAGUCUCAGGCCAAAUCUAUGAUCUGUAGCAUUCAAAAUCCAAAGAAAAUGACCUUUCGAUCAAUUCAAUAAUUGCAAAAAUGCCAUCCAAAAAUAAAUUGGCCCAAAUCGGUGUUUAAUGGACUUAUCAUCCGUGGAGAAUAUAAUCAAUAGACUUCAUUAUCGGUGGAGAAUAGCAUCGGUCUGGUUUCGUGAUCUGUAGCCUCAAGAAUCGAAAGAAAAUGGCAUUUCGGAAAAAUCGCACAAAAUCUGUGAUGGUACACCUUUGCAAUCUGCAAAAAAUUGACCCAGAAUAAAUCCUCCCAAAUCUGUGCUUAAUGAACUUAGUCAUCGUUGAAGAAUAGUCUCAGGCCGAAUCCGUGAUCUGUAGCCUUCAAAAUCCAAAGAAAAUGACCUUUCGAUCAAUCCAAAAUUACGAAAAUGCCAUCCGAAAUUAAAUUGGCCAAAAUCGGUGUUUAGUGAACUUAUCAUCCGUGGAGAAUAGGAUCAAUAGACUUCAUUAUCGAAGGAGAAUAGCCUCGGUAUGGUUUCGUGAUCUGUAGCCUCCAGAAUUGAAAGAAAAUGACAUUUCGGAAAAAUCGCCCAAACUAUGUGAUGGUACCCCUUUGCAAUCUGCCAAAAAUUUACCCAGAAUAAAUCCGCCCAAAUCGCUGCUUAAUGAACUUAGUCAUCGUUGAAGAAUAGUCUCAGGCCGAAUCCGUGAUCUGUAGCCUUCAAAAUCCAAAGAAAAUGACCUUUGGAUCAAUCCAAAAAUUACGAAAAAUUGCAUCCGAAAAUAAAUUGGCCCAAAUCGGUGUUUAAUGGACUUAUCAUCCAUGGAGAAUAGGAUCAAUAGACUUCAUUAUCGGUGGAGAAUAGCCUCGGUCUGGUUUCGUGAUCUGUAGCCUCCAGAAUCGAAAGGAAAUGAUAUUUCGGAAAAAUCGCCAAAAAUCUGUGAUGGUACCCCUUUGCAAUCUGCCAAAAAUUGACCCGGAAUAAAUCCGCCCAAAUCGGUGAUUAAUGAACUUAGUCAUCGUUGAAGAAUAGUCUUAGGCCGAAUCCGCGAUCUGUAGCCUUCAAAAUCCAAAGAAAAUGACCUUUGGAUCAAUCCAAAAAUUACUAAAAAUUGCAUCCGAUAAUAAAUUGGCCCAAAUCGGUAUUUAAUCGACUUAUCAUCCGUGGAGAAUAGGAUCAAUAGACUUCAUUAUCGGUGGAGAAUAGCCUCGGUCUAGUUUUGUGAUAUGUAGCCUCCAGAAUCGAAAGAAAAUCACAUUUCGGAAAAAUCGCCCAAAAUCUGUGAUGGUACCCCUUUGCAAUUUGCCAAAAAUUGACCCGGAAUAAAUAUGCCCAAAUCGGUGCUUAUUGGACUUAGUCAUCGUUGAAGAAUAGUCUCAUGCCAAAUCCGUGAUCUGUAGCCUUCAAAAUCCAAAGAAAAUGGCCUUUCGAAGCCCAGAAAAUUACGAAAAUGUCAUUCGUAAAUAAAUUGGCCCAAAUCGUUGUUUAAUGGACUUAUAAUCCAUGGAGAAUAGGAUCAAUAGACUUCAUUAUCGGUGGAGAAUAGCCUCGGUCUGGUUUCGUGAUCUGUAUCCUCCAGAAUCGAAAGAAAAUGACAUUUCGGAAAAAUCGCCCAAAAUCAAUGAUGGUACCCCUUUGCAAUCGGCCAAAAAUUGGCCCGGAAUAAAUCUGACCAAAUCGGAGCUUCAUGGACUUAGUCAUCGUGAAGAAUAGUCUCAGGCCGAAUCCGUGAUCUGUAGCCUUCAAAAUCCAAAGAAAAUGACCUUUCGAUCAAUACAAAAAUUACGAAAACGCCAUCCAAAAAUAAAUUGACCCAAAUCGGUGUUUAAUGGACUUAUCAUCCGUGGAGAAUAGGAUCAAUAGACUUCAUUAUCGGUGGAGAAUAGCGUCGGUCUGGUUUCGUGAUCUCUAGCCUCCAGAUUCGAAAGAAAAUGACAUUUCGAAAAAAUCGCCCAAAAUCUGUGAUGGUACCCUUUUGCAAUCUGCCAAAAAUUGACCCGGAAUAAAUCUGCCCAAAUCGGUGCUUAAUAGAAUUAGUCAUCGUUGAAGAAUAGUCUAAGGCCGAAUCCGUGAUCUGUAGCCUUCAAAAUCCAAAGAAAAUGGCCUUUCGACUCACACAAAAUUGCGAAAAUGCCAUCCGAAAUUAAAUUGGCCCAAAUCGGUGUUUAAUGGACUUAUCAUCCGUGGAGAAUAGGAUCAAUAGACUUCAUUAUCGGUGGAGAAUAGUCUCGGUCUGGUUUCGUGAUCUGUAGCCUCCAGAAUCGAAAGAAAAUGACAUUUCGGAAAAAUCGCACAAAACCUGUGAUGGUACCCCUUUGCAAUCUGCAAAAAAAUGACCCGGAAUAAAUCCGCCUAAAUCGUUGCUUAAUUGAGUUAGUCAUCGUAGAAGAAUAGUCUCAGGCCGAAUCCGUGAUCUGUACCCUUCAAAAUCCAAAGAAAAUGGCCUUUCGACGCCCACAAAAUUACAAAAAAUGCCAUCCGAAAAUAAAUUUGCCCAAAUCGUUGUUUAAUGGACUUAUAAUCCGUGGAGAAUAGGAUCAAUAGACUUCAUUAUCGGUGGAGAAUAGCCUCGGUAUGGUCUCGUAUUCUGUAGCCUCCAGAAUCGAAAGAAAAUGACAUUUUGGAAAAAUAUGGGAUUGUACCCCUUUGCAAUCUGCCAAAAAUUGACCCGGAAAAUAUCCGCCUAAAUCGGUUCUUAAUGGACUUAGUCAUCGUUGAAGAAUAGUCUCAGGGCGAAUCCGUGAUCUGUAGCCUUCAAAAUCCAUAGAAAAUGGCCUUUCGACACCCACAAAAUUACGAAAAUGCAUCCGAAAAUAAAUUGGCCCAAAUCGGUGUUUAAUGGACUUAUCAUCCAUGGAGAAUAGGAUCAAUAGACUUCAUUAUCGAUGGAUAAAAGCCUCGGUCUGGUCUUGUGAUCUGUAGCCUCCAGAAUCGAAAGAAAAUGACAUUUCGGAAAAAUCGCCCAAAAUCUGUGAUGGUACCCCUUUGCAAUCUGCCAAAAAAUGACCCGGAAUAAAUCCUCCCAAAUCGGUGCUUAAUGGACUUAGUCAUCGUUGAAGAAUAGUCUCAGGCCAAUCCGUGAUCUGUAGCCUUCAAAAUCCAAAGAAAAUGGCCUUUCGACACCCACAAAAUUACGAAAAUGCCAUCCGAAAAUAAAUUGGCCCAAAACAUUGUUUAAUGGACUUAUCAUCCGUGGAGAAUAGGAUCAAUAGACUUCAUUAUCGGUGGAGAAUAGCCUCGGUAUGUUUUCGUGAUCUGUAGACUCCAGAAUCGAAAGAAAAUGACAUUUCGGAAAAAUCGCCCAAAAUCUUUGAUGGUACCCCUUUGGAAUAUGCCAAAAAUUGACCAGGAAUAAAUCCGCUCAAAUCUGUACUUAAUGGACUUAGGUAUCGUUGAAGAAUAGUUUCAGGCCGUAUUCGUGAUCUGUAGUCUUCGAAAUCCAAAGAAAAUGCCAUUUUGACGCCCACAAAAUUACGAAAAAUGUCAUCCGAAAAUAAAUUGGCCCAAAUCGGUGUUUAAUGGACUUAUCAUCCGUGAAGAAUAUGUCAAUAGACUUCAUUUUCGGUGGAGAAUAGCCUCUGUCUGGUUUCGUGCUCUGUAGCCUCAAGAAUCGAAAUAAAAUGACAUUUCGGAAAAAUCGCCCGAAAACUGUGAUGGUACCCCUUUGCAAUCUGCCAAAAAUUGACCCGGAAUAAAUCUGACCAAAUCGG